GUUAUUUACAGGGACGAUUCGAUGCGGCGUCGAUAGGCGAAGAAUGGCUUUGAUUCAAAGAAGCAUUCGACCGAACAGUUCGGAUCCAGUCCGCUGCCAUCGUCCUGCCUCUUCCUCCCCUCGUGUGAUCUAUCCAUUCUCCUCGCCCAGAGCGAACGGAGCUAAAGAUCUCAGCUUUUUUACCUAUCAUCUCCUCCGCACGGAACGUCCCCAGCUUCGGAUUCGGUGUACCCACGCUAUGUCCUCUCUGGCUUACAAGGAAAUGGAUAGGUUCAGUGCCCCUGCUCGUCUCAUGAUUGUUUCGGAUCUCGAUCACACGAUGGUAGAUCAUCAUGACCCUGAGAACACGUCGUUGCUUAGGUUCAAUGCUAUGUGGGAGUCCAUUUACCGCCACAAUUCCCUGCUAGUAUUCUCGACCGGGAGAUCACCCACACUUUACAAGCAGCUAAGGAAAGAGAAACCACUAUUAACACCUGAUAUAACAAUAAUGUCAGUGGGCACCGAGAUCACUUAUGGUGACUCCAUGGUACCUGAUGAGGGAUGGGAAGUUGUCCUUAAUAAAGCAUGGAAUAGGAACAUUGCUCUUGAGGAAGCAGGAAAAUUUCCCCAGUUAAAGCUUCAGCCAGAAACUGAGCAGAGGCCACACAAGGUCAGCUUCUACGUGGAUAAAGGGCAUGCUCAAGAGGUUUUAAAAUCACUUCCAGGCAUUUUCAAAAGCCGCGGGCUAGAUGUAAAAAUAAUCUACAGUGGUGGUAUUGAUCUUGACAUAUUACCACAAGGCGCUGGCAAAGGUGAAGCUCUUUCAUACUUGCUCAAAAAAUUCAAGGAAGCUGGAAAACUGCCACUUAACACUCUUGCAUGUGGUGAUUCCGGGAAUGAUGCUGAGCUAUUUAGCAUUUCAGAUGUUUAUGGUGUCAUGGUCAGCAAUGCCCAAGAGGAGUUACUGCAAUGGCAUGCUGAAAAUGCAAAAGGAAAUUCUAAGAUAAUUCAUGCCACCGAAAGGUGUGCUGCAGGUAUUAUUGAAGCUAUUGCCCAUUUUGGGCUAGGUCCUAAUAUCUCUCCAAGAGAUAGUUUGGAUCUCUUGUCUUACAAGCCAGAAGAUAUUAAUCCAGCAAUUAUACUAGUUACACUUUACAUUGCGUAUGAGAGGUGGCGCCAGGCUGCAGCUGAAAAUUAUGAAUCAUUUAUCCAAAGUUUGAAGACAAUAUGUCAUCCAAGUGGGACUAUUAUCCAUCCAUCUGGAGUUGAACAACCUCUCCACGAAUGGAUAGACACACUUAGACCAUACUACGGUGAUAAACAAGGUAAAAAGUUCCUAGUGUGGGUAGAUAGAGCAUUCACUUCAAAGAUUGGUUCAGACACAUUGCUUGUAAAGUUUGAUAAGUGGGAACUAACUGAUGAAGGGCGAAAUGGUUGCGUCACUACCUUUGUACUCAACUCAAAGCCCGACAGCCCAGGCAGCUUCAGCUUGGUACACAUUCAUCAGACCUGGCUCGAAGGGUUCGCAGCGAGCACCGAUGAUGCCUGGAUCUUCUAAUUCGGGCAUCUCUAGGAAAACAGUUUCAACUGACAGGUUAUAGGAAUAAAUUUCGUCGGCGAUAAUAAUCGAAUGCUGUUGUUUCUCCCUUUAGUUGGAGCAUGGUUGGGGAUGUGUUGGUGAUACUUGAAUCAACCUUACAGGCACAAUCUUAAAUUCCAGGGAAUUCCAACUAAAGGAAAAUGUUUAGUGUUACCUUGAUGAAGAUAUCAUUGCUAGGAAAAAAAAAAGGAAUGA